AAAUCAGCUGUAGCAAACGAUUUUCAUUCGUACUGUACAAGUGAAGUGGUUUCACGCCGCGCCGCUGCAUGAAAUUAGAACGCCGUUGUAUUUACCACAACUUCCAAUUAAUUUUGAACUAGAAAAACUCCGUUAAGUUUUCGGUUCAACAAGUGUUUCGUCAUGCCCAGCGCGGCAGUUUCGAUGCAUCAAUAGUGGCGUUAAGUUAUAUUUUCACAAAUAAAAAAUAUUUAUUCGAUUAUAUUUAACUUCUAAAUUUUAAAAAUGCCUGUACCCACUUGCUCGGGCGGCUCGUGCACAAUUUCGAGACCACGAAAAUCCACAACUACUAAAUCUAAACCAAAAUCAACAGCCUCAAGCGCCAAGAAGACGACUACCAAAAAAACAACCGCUAAGAAGACCACCACAGCUGCCGCUAAAAGGCCAAAAUCAACAACAACAACAAAGGCCAAAUCGUCUACGGCCAGCAAGACAAAGAAGACCACCUCCACAAGGAAAAGUACAACAACAGAUUCAAAGUCGAAAACCGCUGCGCGGAAAACAACUACUACACGCCAGCGGGAUGACAGUUAUUAUAGCUGCAGUUCCGGUGGUUGUUACUAAUAUUGACGAGAGUUACAUGGAGCUGCUGAGGAAAACGAUUUUAAUGAUGUUGAUUUAGAAGACUACGAAGAUAAAUAUGCGACCAAAAACUAUAUAUGUAUUAGCUUAAUAUUUUCAAUUCA